CGUUCCGUUCGCUCGCCCCGUUCGCUUCGUAGCGGCGGAAACUCCGAAACUCCGACACUCAGUAUCUCACAGAUACUUUCUCGAGACCCGAAGACGAGAAUUCGAAUUCGCCCGAGGAAAAACCCCAGACUCUCAAUAAAACAUAAACAAACCCGAAAUCUAUUCAAAAACUAUUUUUUUUUUUUGGUGCAAAACGCAAGCCAAAAAAGUAUACUUUGGUGUGGAUUACCAGUGGAAAAGUGAGUGCUAAAAAUGGAUUAAACAAGGCUAUUAAAUAUAAAUAAAAACAAGGCCCAAAUAAAACCAAACAAGCUAGAAAUUGUCACACAACGAUUAUGGAUUAGUGCCUGUGAAAAUUCGGAAGCAGAUAAAAAUAUAUACACUGCAAAUAGGACUAAGGAGCCCGAGCAAAAUAUACAAAAAAGUAUCUGAGAGCCCGAAGACAAACAGCAAAGAAAGGAGGGCAGAAAAGAAAAGUGUGAAAGUGACACUCGAGACUUGUGUUCUCUUUCAUUAAAAAGGUGUUUAAGCAACAUGCUGGACUCGAUGCAGCUGCUCCUGCUGGCCACCUUGGUGGGGAUGGGGAUGGUGAGGAGCUCCCCGUUCACGAGCUACCAGAACCAGCGGUUCGCGCUGGAGCCGCAGGACCAGACGGCGGUGGUGGGGGCCAGGGUGACGCUGCCCUGCCGCGUGAUCAACAAACAGGGAACGUUGCAGUGGACCAAGGACGACUUCGGACUGGGCACCUCCCGCGACCUCAGUGGCUUCGAGCGGUACGCGAUGGUGGGCAGCGACGAGGAGGGCGACUACUCGCUGGACAUCUAUCCGGUGAUGCUCGACGACGAUGCGCGGUACCAGUGCCAAGUGAGUCCCGGCCCCGAGGCACAGCCCUCCAUCCGGUCCACCUUCGCCGGACUCACCGUCCUCGUGCCGCCCGAGUCGCCCAAAAUCACGCAGGGCGACGUCAUCUUCGCCACCGAGGAUCGCAAGGUGGAGAUCGAGUGCGUUUCGGUGGGCGGAAAGCCAGCUGCCGAGAUUACCUGGAUUGAUGGCCUGGGCAACGUACUCACGGAUAACAUCGAGUACACGGUGAUACCGCUGCCCGAUCUGCGCCGCUUUACGGCCAAGUCCGUCCUGCGGCUGACCCCCAAAAAGGAGCACCACAACACGAACUUCACCUGCCAGGCGCAGAAUACGGCGGACCGCACCUAUCGCUCGGCGAAAAUACGUGUCGAGGUUAAAUACGCGCCCAAGGUGAAGGUGAAUGUGAUGGGAUCGCUGCCCGGUGGUGCAUCUGCAUCUGCCGGUGGUGCAGGUGGUGCAGGUGGGGCAAGUGGUGUCCAUUUCGCCGGUGCCCGGAUUGUGGAGCACUCGCAGGUGCGGCUGGAGUGCCGGGCAGAUGCGAAUCCCAGCGAUGUCCGGUACCGCUGGUUCAUAAACGACGAACCGAUCAUUGGCGGCCAGAAGACAGAGAUGGUGAUACGCAAUGUGACGCGCAAGUUCCACGACGCGAUUGUCAAGUGCGAGGUGCAGAAUUCCGUGGGCAAGAGCGAGGACAGCGAAACCCUUGACAUAAGCUAUGCGCCCAGCUUCCGGCAGCGACCGCAGUCGAUGGAGGCGGACGUGGGCAGUGUGGUGUCCCUCGGCUGCGAGGUGGACAGCAAUCCGCAGCCGGAGAUCGUGUGGAUCCAGCACCCCAGCGACCGCGUGGUGGGCACCAGCACGAACCUGACCUUCAGCGUGAGCAACGAGACGGCCGGGCGGUACUACUGCAAGGCGAAUGUGCCCGGCUACGCCGAGAUCUCGGCGGACGCCUAUGUCUACCUGAAGGGCUCGCCGGCGAUCGGAUCCCAGAGGACGCAGUACGGCCUGGUGGGCGACACCGCCCGCAUCGAGUGCUUCGCCAGCAGCGUGCCCCGCGCCCGCCACGUCUCCUGGACCUUCAAUGGCCAGGAGAUCAGCUCCGAGUCCGGCCACGACUACUCCAUCCUGGUGGACGCGGUGCCCGGCGGCGUCAAGAGCACCCUCAUCAUCAGGGACAGCCAGGCGUACCACUACGGCAAGUACAACUGCACGGUCGUCAACGAUUACGGCAACGACGUGGCCGAGAUUCAGCUGCAGGCCAAAAAGAGUGUUUCCCUGCUGAUGACCAUUGUGGGUGGCAUUUCGGUGGUGGCCUUCCUGCUGGUGCUCACCAUCCUGGUGGUGGUCUACAUCAAGUGCAAGAAGCGCACCAAGCUGCCGCCGGCGGACGUGAUCAGCGAACAUCAGAUCACGAAGAACGGUGGGGUGAGCUGCAAACUGGAACCGGGCGACCGUACGUCGAACUACAGCGAUCUGAAGGUGGACAUAUCGGGGGGCUAUGUGCCCUACGGCGACUACAGUACGCACUACAGCCCGCCGCCGCAGUACCUGACCACCUGCUCCACGAAGUCGAACGGCAGCUCCACCAUUCUGCAGAACAACCACCAGAACCAGCUGCAGCUGCAGCAGCAGCAGCAGGUCCACCAGGACAGGCACCCGGACAGGCACCACCACCAGCCCCACCACCACCAGGCCGCCAAUCCACAGACCCUGCCGAUGACCUUCCUCACGAACAGCAGCGGUGGCAGUCUGACCGGGAGCAUCAUCGGAUCGCGCGAAAUCCGGCAGGAGAACGGGCUGCCCAGCCUGCAGUCGACCACCGCCUCGGUGGUCAGCUCGUCGCCGAACGGGAGUUGCAGCAAUCAGAGCACCACCGCGGCCACCACCACCACCACCACCCAUGUGGUGGUGCCCGGCUCGAUGGCCUUGAGUGUGGAUCCGCGCUACAGCGCCAUCUAUGGCAAUCCCUAUCUGAGGUCCUCCAACUCAUCGCUGCUGCCACCACCCACCGCCGUUUAGGCGACUGCGGUUGCACCACCGUCGUCACCAGGAACCACCAACAACGAUGUGACCCACUGAGCCACGCUAAGACUGAUCUCAAAUGGAAAACG